CUGGGGGCCGAGUUUCAGUGCAGCUCCAGCCGACCCCCGGGACGCAGACAAGAGCAGGCACGCGGUGAGGACUGUGGCCGGCCGCGUAGCCGCGCUCUGGUCCAGCUGGCCAUCUCUUGGGCUGCGCACCCUCCGGAACUGCGUCAGGAUCCUCCAAGAGCCUCCCACUCUCUUCUGCCGGCUUGCGAACAUGUGGCCCCUCAAGCCCGGCGCCCCGAUGCCCGCACUCCUCCUGCUGGCGCUGGCUUUGUCCCCGCCUGGAGUCCAUGGGAGGCCGCGGGGGCGCAGGGGAGCGUACCUCACGGGUGAGGAGCCCAAGCCAUUACUUUUCCUCCCCGCGGCCGGGGCCGGCCGGACUCCCAGCGGCUCCCGGAGCGCAGAAAUAUUCCCAAGAGAUUCUAACUUAAAGGACAAAUUCAUAAAGCAUUUCACAGGGCCAGUCACAUUUUCACCAGAAUGCAGCAAACAUUUCCACCGACUCUAUUACAAUACCAGGGAGUGCUCAACACCAGCUUAUUACAAAAGAUGUGCUAGAUUGUUAACAAGAUUAGCAGUGAGUCCACUGUGCUCCCAGACCUAGCAAACCUACCCUGCAUUUCCUAAGAAUGUACAUCUAAUUUGAAGAAAAAGUGCCUCAAAUCAUGCGAAAUGUAAAAAAAAGAUGAAAUUUAUAAUUUUAUGGAUAUGAAGAUGAGUAAAAUAAGAGACUUCCCAGAAAUAACUGAUAGCUGUGUCCUGUCACAGAAUGGAGUCUUUCUUGCUUUAUCUUUUUGUGUAUACAGUAAUUUAUAAUUUUGUAAAACAGAGCUUGAAUCACAUAUUGAAAAUUAGAUAUUAAAAAUUGUGUGAUUGUAUUUUAUUUUUACUAGAUAUAUUAUUUUCUUCAUACAGUUUAACAUUCCAAUUAAACAUAUAAUUGUGUAAAUUAUAUCUGAGAGUACCAGUGAGAAAUAAUGAUUUUUUUGUAUAUGACUGUUAGUAAUAUAUUUGUCAAAUUAUCAUGAACCAAGUUGAAUUUUAUAAUUCUUAUUUAAUAUUUAAAUACAUUUAUUUAGAA